CAGAAGGAAAGGAGAAAACAGGAAGCGGAGUAGAAGGCGAAGGAGGAAUAGGAAAAACACCAGCGAGAGGAUGAAAAUCAGAAUAAAUUAGAAAAGGAAAGGAAGGCGGUGGAGAAAGAUCAGAGGAUGAGGGAGAUUAUUGAUUCGACUAUCUGCAACAAGGGUCAGAGCUCGAACACGGAGAUAGAGCUACUGACGAAGAUAAGUGAGGAUAAUAAGAAGAUAUGGGCAAAAUUGGAGAAGAUCAGAGCAGGCGAUCACAAUAAGAUGGAGGCACAUAUCAGGGCGUUGGAAGAAGAUGGACGAAAGAGGUCCAACGACAAGGUGACUCAGAGCUCACCCAACGAACAACAGAAAGGGAAACAGAAAGUUGACGAAUCUCCAAACGACUUACAAGCGGGACUCAUGGCGAUGGAGAUGAGCUGUUUGAAGCGAAGUCAAGAGAAGGUGGAAAACACAUUGCGACAGAAUCAGGAAAAGACUGAGAGCACACAGGCUCAGAUAUAUCAAGAGUUGGACGACUUAAGACAUGUGAUGGAACGGGGCAAGAAUCUGGCUGCAGGAGGAGCGGCUCCUCGACAACCACCGCCGAUAUCCUCUGCUCCGGUGGUAGCUACACCACCGCAACGAGCUAGUCCUCAACAAGGACAGUCGCAAGGUCAAUGGUACCCUAAGACCCCAAUGAAACCACCUCUUGCCUUCUCAGGCGAGAGAAAGGACGAGGAACUCAACACAUGGUUGAGAACGGUCCCGGUUUGGGUGAAGGCAAAGAGGACCUUGCCUGAGGACGAAGUGGUUACUGCUGCAUCCUACCUCGAGGGUAAGGCAGCCAAGUGGUCAGAUGGUGUAGUUGUGAAGGCCGGAUACGGGCGACGCAUGGCGGACUGGGCUAAGACAUUGGCGUUGGACCAGUUCAUGGAGAUGGUAGAAGCUCGAUGGCAUAACCCACAGGAGGCUCAAAGGGCCACUGAUGUCAUUAACAAACUCGACCAACGCAAGUUCAAGUCGGUUAGAGAGCUUACGACUACCGUCGAGAGCCUGAUCCUCGUUCCAGGCAUCAACUACAUCGAUCAGUUCCUAUUGACUACAUUUGUCAGAUGUCUCAUAGAGAACAUUAGGAACUUGCUAGCCAGCGAGGCACGCACUGAGUACCACUCGUUUGAGACACUGCCUAGGAAAGCCUUAGACUUAGAGGCCACGCUAAGCAAUGCUCAACCCACCUCAGGGAAUGACUCAAAGAAGAAGAAGAGUCCUCAGGAGUGGAAGAAGAAGGGGGCGAAGUUGAUGAUGGUUGAUUCUGAUGGGACUCAAACUGAGAUCGACGAGCUCUCUGACCUGAUGGACUACUCCGAGUAUGACGGCGAGGAGGUAGAUGAGGGUAGCACCCUCGCCGCAGUAGUUAAGACUAAGGCGGCAGACCGAGGGAAGGGCCAGCCUAGGGGUCAAGGGAAGACCGCCUCCAAUCAGACUAAGCAGGUUGAGUGGGUAAAGGCAGGUCUUGAUCAAGACGUGUGGCGUGACCACCGAACGUGUGGUGCUUGUAUCAACUGCGGGGAGUACGGACACUCGCAAUACAAGUGUCAAAACGCUAAGACGAACACAGAAAAAGAUAGGAAAAUGAUGGCGAUGACGGCGGAACAAGUGGAGAGAGUUGAGAGAGAGGUGAUGAACUACGUGACAGAGGGAAUCCACUAUGACAAUGAGGACGAGCAGAGACUAUUACGCGAAAGAGCACUGGCGUACUUCAACGUCACCUUGGACAUCCAAAGGUCAAUAGCAGCAAACGGAGACAAAUCGAUGAGAGCGCAGCAGUUGCUGCAUUGCUUACAGCAAAGUGCGUACGUGGCUGAAGAGGAGACGUUGGCAUCUUGCUCUGCGUACACCCUUAAGCGAGUUGUGGAAUGGAUGUGCGAUGACGAAGACAUCGACAAGAGUAAGAGAGAGGGAGCCGGUUUUUACGACAGAUCGGCGUUCAAGAAGUUUGUCACAUCUCGGGCGAAGGAAGCUCGAAUGUUGAAGACAGAAGCGGAUGACAUAUUGAAGACUAAUGCAGCGGAGAUAUUGGCACUCAACAAGAUGAACGAGCUACCUCAAAUAGACCCUAUUGACUACCAUGAUUUGGCAACAGUGGUGGUGAACGAUGUCGAGUAUGUCUUGCUCGACCAGAUUAAGGAUUUCAUGAGGAAGACAGAUAAUGAUACAAAUUUGAUUCACGAUGCCUUACACGAGGUGACAGAGGACGCAAUAGCAGCAACAGAGGUUGUUGAUGUCGAGAGCACAAAGGAUGAAUUUCAACUAGUGUCGGGGACUCCAAUAUGUCAGGGGAACAUAUUCAUAGUCCUGGAGGACCUCACCAUGGCAUCAAUGGAAGUGGUGAGAAUGAGGAAAAGAAUGCAAGGAUGACAAUUGGUUGUUGGGGAAGCAAGCAAUGCGACACAACAUAUGCCAGAUAGCACAUUGCAGACUACAAGUAGCGUGAGAUCUCUAACAACGAUUCAGAACUCGUUGACGAUUCCUACUGCGGAUACGUUGAGUGUCCAUAAUGCAUUCAGAGUGUGGAGAUUACCACCCAAUCGUCCUUCACAUGAGAUUAUCGAAGGAGACGAACAAGUGUCAUUCUAGGGAGUGCAUGCAAACGGCGGAACUAGUGAGAACUGCAAUUCACAGAC